AUGACGUCCCGUCCGCGGCUCCGAAUCCUCUGCUUCGGCGACUCACUCACGGCCGGCUACUCGGCCUGGGGCGCGAUUCACCACCCGUACAAUGAGAUGCUGGAAAAUAUGGUGUCGAUGGCGUACCCCGACCUUGACGUAGCCACGGUCGAGGAUGGGGUAUCCGGGGCGACGGUCGAACACGGCUUUCAGACGCGGAUCAAGGCGCAAUUCUCCCCGCCGAAGAAGGUCGAUAAAGAAGCUGAUGAGAAACCAUACGAUUGGGCCAUUAUAUUGGGAGGGACAAAUGACAUCGGCAUGGGCUUGCCUGCGAACAAGAUUUUUGAAUCACUCCAGGAAGUCUGGAAGGUCCCGCUCUCUCACGGCUGCAAGGUCCUGGCUCUUACCGUCCCCGAAGCGGGGAUCGUGGCACCAGCAGUAAGGCAGCGGAUCGACGCUAAGCGUAACCUGCUGAAUAAACUUAUCAAGAGUUAUCAACACGAAAACUUCUACGUCUACGACCUCCACGCCGUCAUCCCCUUCUUUUCCAUGCCCCUGUCCGACCGCAAGAAGUACUGGGGCGACCACAUCCACUUUACCGCCGACGGCUACGACAUGAUGGGCAACAAGAUCGGCAUCUACUUGGUCAGCCUGCUGGCCAAGGAAAAAGCCAACAGCCCGCAGCGGCCGCAGAAGCGGAGGCGUCUCUUUAAGGACGACGACAAGAAGUUUGAAGAGGAGGUCGGCGACCCUAAUUCGAUCAACCAGGGGUAUGUGGUGGUUCGCCAGGCGGAUCUGGACUAG